AAACAGGGCCGCCAUUUUCCUCCAAGCCUCCGGUCCAUUUAAACCCAGCAGGGGGAGGCGAAACAAGAGAGGAGAAAGAGACAGAAAGAGAACGAGAGGGGGAGUGAGAGCGUGUGGCACAGGGUGAGGAAGAAGGAAAGGUCCUUUAAAAAGAGGAAGCGGUGAAUAUGUGUCUACCGUGUAAACCCGACGUUCAGUGAAAUUUGCAUAUACACCACGGCGGUGCUUCCCCGGACUAAGGUCCGUGAAUCGUUGGAAGCACAAAGAGGAGACCGCCAGCAACAUUCUGUCUGAAUUGGAAGGAUAUAUUCGGCAUUUUACUCCUUGCACAAGAAAGCGAAGAUGUCUGGGCAAAGCAUAACUGAUAGGAUAACCGCAGCUCAGCACAGUGUGACUGGUUCUGCGAUUACCAAAACUGUAUGCAAGGCGACCACGCACGAAAUCAUGGGUCCAAAAAAGAAACACUUGGAUUACCUGAUCCAGUGCACCAAUGAGAUGAACGUGAACAUUCCCCAGCUGGCCGACACCCUGUUUGAGAGGACUACGGGCACCAGUUGGGUGGUGGUGUUCAAGUCCCUCAUCACCACACACCACCUGAUGGUCUACGGAAACGAGCGUUUUGUCCAGUACUUGGCUUCGAGGAACACGUUGUUCAACCUCAGUAAUUUUCUGGACAAAAGUGGGUUGCAAGGCUACGACAUGUCCACGUUCAUCCGGAGGUACAGCCGCUACCUGAACGAGAAGGCCGUCUCGUACCGACAGGUCGCUUUCGACUUCACGAAAGUAAAACGAGGGUCGGAUGGGGUGAUGAGGACCAUGAACACAGAAAAGCUGCUGAAGACCAUCCCUAUUAUCCAGAACCAGAUGGAUGCUCUGCUCGAUUUCAAUGUCAACGCCAAUGAGCUCACAAACGGCGUCAUCAACGCGGCCUUCAUGCUUCUGUUCAAAGACGCAAUCCGGCUGUUCGCCGCAUACAACGAAGGGAUCAUCAACCUUUUAGAGAAGUACUUUGACAUGAAGAAAAACCAAUGCAAGGAGGGCCUUGACAUCUACAAGAAGUUCCUUACCCGUAUGACGAGAAUUUCGGAGUUCCUCAAAGUUGCAGAGCAAGUAGGCAUCGACCGUGGAGACAUACCAGAUCUAUCUCAGGCCCCAAGCAGCCUUCUGGAUGCACUGGAGCAGCAUCUGGCCUCCUUAGAAGGGAAAAAGGUCAAAGACUCGACAGCAGCUAGCAGGGCCAGCACUCUGUCCAACGCCGUGUCGUCGCUGGCGAGCACCGGCAUAUCCUUCACCAAAGUGGACGAGAGGGAAAAGCAAGCCGCCCUGGAGGAGGAGCAGGCGCGACUCAAGGCACUGAAGGAACAGAGGCUGAAGGAGCUCUCAAAGAAGCCUGCCACCACUGCGUCAUCGCCCGUCUCCACCACCGGGGGCAGCAUCAGCACAGCCGCCGCCAUAGACCUUUUCUCCACACCAAGCACCUCAAACAGCACUUCCAAGAUGCAGAGUGACCUGCUGGAUCUGCAGCCGGCCUUCCCGUCCUCCACAGGGCUGCCUGGAGCCCCUACGUGGGGAGAUCCUUUCACGUCCACCGAGGCCGUCGACGACCCCGUCCCAAACCUAAACCCUUUCCUAACCAAACACGCUGUCGACGGCGCUCACCUGCCUGUCGUGUCUUCGGACGCUGUUAGUUUUUCCACUAGGACGCCAAGCCAUGAAAUGUUUGGCGAUCAUUACAAUCCCUUUAUUGAUUCAAGCUCUUCCGUUGCAACCAAUUAUGAACAGAGAGUUCGGAUAGAGCAGUUUGUCUCAGAUUCCUUCUGUGGUCCGGGCUCUUACCCUAACGCCCCCCUCUUCCACCCAGAAUCCUCUGCUGUAGCUGGCCUAUUCGGAGGGUUCUCGGCGUCUCAAGCCCCUCAACCGCAGACCUCAACGGGCCUCAACGUCGACUUCGAGUCGGUGUUCGGCACCACUUCGGCCUGCGCCAACAGCGUGGAAGCAGCCGAUGUUUUAGGGGGCAUCCUGAAACCCACAGUGACAUCCCUCGGCCAGGUCGGGCCUUCCGGUGGACAGCAGCCGGGGAAGCUGGUGUCGGAUGACCUCGACUCUUCCCUGGCCAACCUCGUAGGCAGUCUAGGAAUUGGAAACGGCACAACGAAAAAUGACAUCCAUUGGACUCAGCCUGGGGAGAAGAAACUGACGGGAGGAAAUAACUGGCAACCCAAAGUUGCCCCGACAACGACCUGGAACCCUGCCACUAUGGCCCCCUCCGUCAUGGCCUUCCCCGCCACCACGCCCACGGGGAUGAUGGGAUACGGCAUGCCUCCCCAGAUGGGCUCCAUGAUGACUCAGCCCACCAUGGUGUAUACACAGCCAGUCAUGAGAGCCCCCAAUCCCUUCGGCUCAGUCCCUGGUGCACAGCCCUCGGCAGCCUCUAGCCCCUCCAGUCAGAGUCCGCUCAGAGCGCAGGGCCAGGACCCCUUUGCUCAGCUCUCUCUCAAGGAUUUCUUGUAGAGCUUCCGUCAUUAGAUGCAGUUCAUGUAAUCUGAAGGGGCCAGCGGACCCGGGUUCCCAAUCGGCAAAAAAAAACCUUCUCCUUUAAGCAAGAUCCACUUUGCUGAUUCGCUCUCCCAAGGAGAAUAUCAAAACCAAUAAGGACACAGGAAGGAGACCAUUGGCGGAGAGAAAGGGUCGUCGCACACAGCAUCUGUUCUUGUACUUUGUUAAAACAGGUUAACGGCGUGGACUACUGUUAUGGCCACUAGAGGGAGCUCUUAUCCCAUUUUUUACAUGUGUAAAGCUAGAUAUGGGUAUUGAGGGACACAGCUCACUUGUACUGGGUAGCGAAAAUGUUGUAGCUGAUUUUGACAGCAUGAAGGUUGCUUAGAUGAGAGAUGGUGGCAGUUGAGAGAGGACUCUUGAUUUGAUCACCGGUCAUACGUCGUCACCCCACUACCAAUGCUAACCACAGUUUACACCGAUUUUUAUUUACCUUUUUUUAUAUAUUUUUUUUAAACUGUGCAUUAUGUUUGCAGUAGACAUUCCUUGUGUAUUGUUUGUAUUUAUUUAUGAUAAUUCAAGACGUCAGGGGUAAGAUAAAUGCUUUUGAACACCCGUGCGUGACGGAUAUGGGAUUGUAAAUUAUGAAUUAAAGUUUUAAAAGUAAAUAUUAAAAAAAAAAAAAAAAAAAAAAAAAAGAUUUAAAACCACCUGUAAAACUGACGGAUAGAGCACUAAAUAUUCUCUAAACCAGUUGUCUAGUGCAAUUAUUUUUAGCUCAGAACCUUAUGGCCCUACAUUCGUUAGGGAAAAUAUAGGGGCAGUAUCCAAUUUAUUAAUCCACAUAGUGGACUCUGUGCCUAGGGUUCUUAUUUUACGUUCAUUUUUCGCGAAGGAGCAUUAACCCGAGUAGCAGAACACCAUGUUCGUGACCCAAGAGCAUUGCGUUGGGGGAGAGGAUGCGUGUCGCUUUGUGCUUGCAACGCCACCGUUUUUACAUUUACAAAACAAAAUGGCUGCCUUUCUCACCCGAUUGCGCAGAAUCGCCUUCUUGUUCCGGGCAUCUUUCCUGUGAUCGUUCUUCACCUAGGCGGAGUAGGUGAGGUCCGUUUGUUUUUAUUUAUUUUGUAAUUUUGUUCAUUUUUUCCACUGGGGUGUGUGUGUGUGUGUGUGUGUGUGUGUGUGUGUGUGUGUGUGUGUGUGUGUGUGUAUGCGUGCGUGUGGAUAUAGAGCAGGGGGUCACUAGUGUCUUUGUAAAUUUGUAGUACAGGGGGUCCGUUUGAAAGGGGAGUAGUGGGGCGCUGUUGAUCGGCGCUGUGUGUACAUACAGCCGGACCCCUGUCACCUGAUGAAGGGGGGGAGGGGGGGAGGGGUGGAAUGGGGAAGGCAAUUCUGCUCCUAUGAUUUUAGCUUCUCCUCCUUAUUUUUGCUGCAACGGGCGGGCGGAUUCCGUUUUUGUUUAUAUAUCUGAAAACGUAUGUAAGCAAAAAUCGAUCGGUUUUCAAAUAAAGUGCAGCAUCCACGGA